AUGGGAAACGCUGUACUCAGCAUGCUACCGGAGGGCCAUCUUCCUGGUUGGUGGCAAGAUCUGAGUUUUAUAUCGUCGAUGGUCUCACUAGCGAUCUCAGUUGCAGCAAUAACAAGGCACUUCCAAAACUACCGGAAACCGAGCGAACAGCGAUUAGCCAUUAGAGUACAGUUGCUGGUUCCUAUCUUCAGUAUAACGUGUCUCGCAGCCACGUUAAGUCCCGACAUCUCUCGCUUGUAUUUGGACCCAAUUAGAGAGGUGUACGAAGCAUUCGUGAUCUACACGUUCUUUUCACUUUUGACGCUGAUACUGGGAGGUGAGCACCGUAUAAUUACGGAGAUAUGCCUGGAGCAUAUACCCUCUACCCAUGCGAUCCCACUGGUGGGGAGAUUCAUUAGGAAAAUCGAUCUUUCAGACCCUGCCGACUUCUUGAUGGUCAAGAGAGGCAUUCUGCAAUAUGUGUGGUUCAAGCCGGUCUACUGCCUAUUAAGUCUGGUUUGCAUUAUCUGGAGUUUUCCCCUCUUGGAGACGAUUUUGCUGGUGCUGUAUAAUAUAUCCGUUACAUGGUCGCUCUACAACUUGGCUAUAUUCUGGAAAUGUCUUUAUAAUGAUCUCAAGAAAUUUAAUCCAUGGAGCAAGUUUCUAUGCGUGAAGCUCAUCAUCUUUGCGUCGUAUUGGCAAGGCAUUAUUAUCAGAAUCCUGGCGCAUUAUGGCAAAUUAAGGAGCACGAAGGGCUUUGAUACGGGGUACGUUUACCAGAACGGUCUUCUAUGCGUCGAAAUGAUUGGAUUUGCAAUAUUACACUGGAUUGCGUUUCCAUGGACGGAGUAUUCAUCCGAGAGACUGCCUCAGUGUGCCAGACUCAAAUAUUGGAUAGCUGUGAGGGACUGCUUUGGAGGCGGGGAUUUGAUAUGGGACUUUAAGUACACGCUCAUGGGACCAUCUUACUACAACUACCGAAAUUUCGAGCCAUUUGCCAGUAGUUCGCAAAUGGCCAGGGCAAAUUCCCUCUCAAGAAUGCGGCGGCUCAAUCAGGGCUUCAGAUUUGAAGAUCAAGGACAGGGCAGUCAUUGGGUUGACUACGGAAGCAUACUUCAAACUCCCGAUGUUAAAAGCGCUUCCGAUGAAGCUGCUGAUGAGCUUAGUGAAUGGGACGAUGAUAUAGCUAGAGAGCGUUUUAUAUCCACGGAUCCUAACUAUCCUGUGGUAUCAGACAUAGGCAGCAUUCAUCGAAAUAGCACGGAUAUCAACCAAUUAAGGAGAGACGUUAACAACAGAUCGAGCAUGACGUAG